AUUGAGUGGCAGUUCUCGUCUGAUAUGGUUUAUCUUUGGUGCGAGUGUGAGCUGAGACAGAAAACAGAGUAACGUUAAUCGUUUAAUUAAAAAAAAUACAAUAAAAAAAACGGACUAUUUUCAUUUUAUUUAAGGAGAACAUCUCUUGAGCCAGGAUGUCUUAUAUGCUUCCACAUCUCCACAACGGCUGGCAGGUGGACCAGGCCAUCCUGUCGGAGGAGGACCGAGUGGUCGUUAUCCGGUUUGGCCACGACUGGGACCCCACCUGCAUGAAGAUGGACGAGGUUUUAUACAGCAUUGCUGAAAAGGUAAAGAAUUUUGCAGUGAUUUACCUGGUGGACAUCACAGAAGUGCCCGAUUUCAACAAGAUGUACGAGUUGUACGACCCCUGCACAGUCAUGUUCUUUUUCAGGAACAAGCACAUCAUGAUUGACCUCGGGACAGGUAACAACAACAAGAUCAACUGGACCAUGGAGGACAAACAGGAGAUGAUAGACAUUGUUGAGACCGUCUACAGGGGAGCCAGGAAAGGACGAGGUCUAGUGGUGUCCCCCAAAGACUACUCGACCAAAUACAGAUACUGAUAUCCCCCCUUUAUUCAUUCUCCAGUCUGUUCGUUGCCGUUUCCUUUUCUCAGAUUCCUCCGCGGGACUGUUUUGUGUGAACAUUCACGCCACGUGGACAGUGAAGUGGCCUUGUGUAGGAAUUUUAUAUUUUAUUUAAAGGAUCCCCCGUGUUGUUGCAGUUACCAUCAGAAACUGGGCUCCAGUGCACCGUUUUGUUGUUUUUCCUCCAUGUUGUGAAUAAAUAUUUCUAAGAAAAGU